AUGACGACCCUGUUGCACAGUCACCUCGAGCAGAUCUCGCUCUCCGCGACUGCCAUAGCUGAAUUGCCCUUCCCGCCGCCCAAGAUGUUCGUCAAUGCGCUGCUAGGGCCGCACGAUAUCACCACGCUCAUUCGCGACACUGAAGCCCAUGAGCGAGCACUCUUCUCCGCUGAUCCCGCUGCGAACGGCAUGAAACACUCCCACCGACGAGCUACUCGACGGGGUACCAUGUUCCCUGCGGAGACGGAAAGAGAAACCAUGGUUAGUCGGAUUCACUCUGCCAAAGACCACAGGAACCAGUCGGCCGUUGCGCGGGUGCUGGGAGGGGAGAUGAUGGAAGCAAUCAGAAAAUCCGCAAAUGCGUCUUCAAACCGGAGUAAUCGCGGAGAAAUGGACAUUGAGGUUUUACUGCGCGGCGCUGAAAUGCUUUGCAAUGUUUAUCCGGUUGCGGGAGCCCAGGAGAAAAUCACAUCUUUGAGGCACCGGUACCAGAUAGUAUCCGAAUCCGUAGCCCACUUCGAACAGCGUGUUGCCGAUCAGGCAGCGCAACUGGAGCAAAUGAGCCGCUCGGUUAGCAACGAUUACUAUUCUACGGAAUCAUCGGAACCCGCGCCGCAGGAUUUGUCAACUGUAACAAACGAGGAUAUCGAACAGGAGCUUGACGAGAUCCGAGAAUUGGAGGCGCAAAAGCGCCGUCUUGAGGAUAGGGUUAGCGGCAUGGAGAGAGAUCUAGGAGGCCUUUUGCGAUAA